AUGAUGAACAAGUCCGACUCGCAUGACAGUGGUGUUGAAUAUAAUAAUCAUAGUGAACGAUUAAUUAAAGGUGAUCCAAUUUCACAAGCACGACGUGCACGUCGUCAAAAUCGAACAACUUCUGCAGCAACAAGUGCUGAUGAAACAAGAAUUGAAGUUCCCGAAACUCAUUUGCAACGACCAGCAUCUCGUCGAAGACGAAAACCAUCACCAAAUGAUUCUGUGGCACCUUCAUUAAAUAAUUCAACAACAGUUACUGUUGAAAAUGAAACAAAACCUAGACGAAAAAAGAAAACAUUUAAAAUACGUGAAGGCGAAGGCAUUGAAAUGACUGUCAAAAAACGAAGUGAUAGUCAAAAGAAAAAAAGACGAACAAAAUCAAAAGAAUCACAUUCAGAUACAGAAGCAAGAAUUGAUCCAAAUAAAGAUAAAAUACUUGGAAUUUUUAUUCAUCGAACAGAUCGUUUAAGAACAGAUCUUCGUCUUCGACAUCCGUUUGUACGGGUUCAUUUAAUUGAUCUUAAUACAAGAUCUUAUGUGCGAAAAAUUGAUCCGACUCGUUCAGUACUUCACUAUCAUAAUAUAAAUGAUCAAACAAGUGAUCAUAUUCAAUCUAUUUCAACUCAUCCAUAUGAUUUUAAUGCUAAUCGCUCAACUAUUCCAUCAUGGGAAGAUAUGCUUAUAAUCGAUGAAGAUUAUUCGUAUUUUACAUCAGUUCAACAACAAAAUGUUAUUGUUUUCUUCGAGAUUCUUGAAUAUCUUCAUAAUCAACAAAAUCUGAACGAUCUAUCCAAUACAUUUCCAAUCGCGUGGGCAUUUUUAAAAAUUGUUGGUAUACGAAAUACUCUUAAUACAGAACGAAUGGUUCGUUUACAACUUUGGCAACCAUUUCAACAACAACAUAGUUCAACAUCAUCAACACCAGAUGUUGUCUUGUGGUAUAAUCAUUCACAUCGAGAAAAAUAUCCAUCAACACUUUAUGUUACAAUAAAACCACUUAAUGCACGUGGUCAUUAUCAUCCUGGUAUACGAUCAAUUGUAGAUGGUGAUAUUAAAGGAAUGCGAGAACGAUAUGAUCAAUUAGCAAAAGAAAUGGAAAAUUCAAAUCUUCUUGAUCCAUCUAAUCAUCCUAUAGAUAGUCAACCAACAGAUAGAAUUAAUCAAACAAUGGGACCAUUACAACGUGUAGCAUUAUUACCACCACGUUGGCAGAAAUUUCCCAAUUCAAAAUGUAAAAUUCCAACUGAAUUAUUACUUUCACUUAAUACAAGUGAACGUGGCUGUUCAUCAAUACGUUUUUCACAUAAUGGUUAUUUUCUUGCUUGUGCAGAAGUAAAUAAAUUACAAAAAAAUAAUUUAAUAUCAAUUUUUGAAAUUCCACAUGAUCAACGUGUAACCGUAUUUAUUGGACAUUUACAAAUGAUUUAUGAUCUAGAUUGGUCUAGAACUGAUCGUUAUUUAGCAUCAGCAUCAGCCGAUUCAUCAGUCAAAAUCUGGAAUUUUGAACAAACACAACGAAAACCAUGGCGCUCAUUAGCUCAUCCAAGUUAUGUCUAUUGUGUUCGUUUUCAUCCAUUCGAUGAAGAUAUUAUUGUUACUGCUGGUUAUGAUAAAUUAAUACGUAUAUGGAAUCUCGAAAAAAAACAUGGAACUAGUGUACGAACAAUGCCUGAUCAUUUAGGAUAUAUAAGUAGUCUAUCAUUUAAUUCAGAUGGUACAUACUUAGCAUCAGUUGAUAGUAUUGGUGCAAUUAGAAUUUGGCAUGGUUUACCAAAUGAAACAAGCACAACACAUGCAUCUACGGACAGUUGGUCAUCGUCUUCGAAAUUAGAACUUGAUGAAUUAAAAAAUAUUCCAUUGAACAGUGUUACAUAUUCACCAAAUGGUAAUUUUCUAUUAGUAUCUGCUCGUGAUAAUUUAAUUGUUUUAAUUGAUGUUCGAAUCAAAACAAUUUCACGUCGUUAUACAGGAGCAUUCAAUUUACAAGAUCGUAUUCGUUCAACAUUUUCAACAUGUGGUUCUCUUGUUUUUGCUGGUAGUGAAGAUGGACAAGUACAUUGUUGGCAUACAUAUGAGGGAAAAUUACUUUAUUCAUAUAGAAAUUUAAAUUAUACUCAACCAGUUGUUGAUAUACAAUUUCAUCCAUUAGAUAAUUUAUUAGCAAUGUGUUCAAUUGGAACAUUACAUCAAGUAUAUGUAUUUCAACAUACAUUUGUUGAUGCAGAUAUUGAAGCAAAACCUUUACCACGACCAUAUACAGCAAAAGGAGGAUUAUUACCAACAACAACAUCUAUAGGCUUAUCUGAUAAUGAACAAAGACCAUCAGUAGCAACGAAAAAUCGAUAUGAUUCUAGUGCACGAGUUACUACUGCUUCAGAUACAGACAGAAGUCUUGUAAAAACAAGAGUAGAUAGUAGUGGUGAUGAAUUACGACCAUCAACAAAUGAAAAAAGAAAUCGACGAUUAGCAGUUGUUAAUAAAUUUCUUGAUGACAUGGAUGAUGCUAUUAAUGCUAAGUCUAAAACCAAUCACCAUCGAGAUUCCAUAACAGAUUAUGGUGGUGGUCAUCUUAUGUCACGUUCAACAGAACGUGAUAUUUCACCAUAUCAAGGACGUCGUAAUAUUCCUACAUCAGGUUAUAUUUCUGAUUCAGGUCGACCACCACUCGUUAGUCCAUUACGUAAUUUAACAUCACCAGAUCUUUUCGUACCUGUAUCAAAUCGAACUGAUGAUGAUGAUAAUAUUUCUCGAAAAUCUUCAUUAUCAUCGAAUCAAAUAAUGUAUGCAACAACCAAUUAUAAAGCUCAACGUCCUGAAGAAUUAUCAUUUUUAAAAAAUGAUAAAAUUAAAAUCUUAAAUAGAGAGUCUCAUUUACUUUGGUAUGCUGAACAUAUUCAAACAGGUACACGUGGUUAUGUUUCACCAAAUCGUGUACAUAUAAGUGCAAAAGAAUCAUAUUCAAAAUUACAAAAAUCAUCCAUAUCAAAUGCAGAUAUACAUUCAAUUAGUGAUAUACCACGUUUAAAUAAUAGUAGUCGACGAAUACAAAAAAGUGUCAAAUUUGACAGUUCCGAUUAG